AUGGCUUUCUUGUUCCAGCGUCCGCCCUUCGCACACAUACCGACCCCUACAUUUCACGAGGCCAGCGACGACGUUGCGCACGUAUCAGAGAGACUAUGGAAUGCACUGCUGCUUGCGGAAGACGAGAAAGCUACGCUCUCCAUCACGCGGAAUGCGGGGAACAAGAACCGCGGUAGUACCGGCUUGCCCUCCCUAACCUGCCGUGGUGUGCUGGACAGGACUAAUGAAGGUCUCUCUCUACCCAAGAGCUGGCAAACCGAAUACCCUCACAUAUUCCCUGCCGGACAAGCCAGCUCGCGUUCGGAGAACACUGACCCCACCCACUCGGUCUCCGUCGUGCAACCUGUGAUACUCUCAGAGGUCAUCUUUUCUGCACUUUCAGGCGAUGCAUAUGCUGCUGCGUCCUCUGACCCCGCCGUGCUCGAGGACUGGUUGCUAGACGAAGACAUGAUCCUCCGCGAAGGCGCCACUUACUCUCCCGACGGUGUUGCUAGCUCCUCGUCGUUGUCGUACAAGCUCGUCAUGGCUUCUCCGGUCCAACAAGGCGUCGCUCGACGCGGUCAGACAAGGCUUUACGUUUCCGCCCACCCCGGGCAGGAUAACGAAGUCCCCGCGGAGGACUCUAUACCCGACAUGGUCGUCGAUGGGGAGGAGGACUCGGAGCCGUCUGGCUCAGAGAAGGGUGACUUCGAGAUUGGGGAGGACUUCCUCGCAGGCUCUGUCCUCCGCUCGCUUGUCCACACCGGUUCAAGCCCCUCCGUCAAUGGUCAUUCGACGAACGGAGACCUCGCCGGUCUCAACGGGACGGAAAGCGGCAGCAGUCUCCAUUUAUCGUCUACGAUGGAGUGGACGUGCAGAGCGUAUCCAUUGCAGCAAGCUGUCUCGUCCAUUGAAGAUGAAUCCACCGUCUAUGUCCGCACGUCGGAGUUAAGUCACAUUGGUGUGCUAGAUGGCGACUGGGCCGUUAUCCGCUCCGCCCACCACAGUAACAACUACCGCUUGGUGCGGGUGCACGCACGAGAUGACAUUGCGACUAGCUUGGGUGCCUACCUCUCCCCACAGCUCCUGCAUAACAUCAAUCCUCACACGGCGUUCGACCGCAAGACCGCAGUCUGUCUCCGCCCAAGCCCUUUCGGCUCACGUAGACCCACUAUACCAGUUGCGAAGACAGUCACGAUUGCUCGCGUUGCAUCCGCCUUCUCCACGGACCGCACCUACCAAGUGCUUUUCCUGCAAGCCUUGCAGGAAUACUUCAAGCAGUCCACGCGUCUCGUGAAACAAGGCGACGUCAUCGCUGUCGGCAUCAACACUGAUGACCUCGUCAGGCAACCUAGUGCACUUGACGAGGACGGCGGGGAGGUGGCUGUGGAAGAGAUCGACGAUGCUGUUGACCACGAGGGAUGCGUCAACGAACUCGUCUACUUUCUUGUGACGAACGUCGAGCACAACGUUCCAUCACGCUUAGGCGAUAUGUCGUCUCCAGACAUGUACGUCGGAGCCACGGUUGGUGAGCUUGGGUGCUGGGUAGACACCGCGACGACCCGUAUGGUGCAAACUGGCAUCGAGCACUCAAGAGUGCCGGACAUGGGCAUAUACCUCCGCAAAGCGCAGAAGGUGCUUCCACCGAUGGACUUAGCUCCCAGCCAGAACACGCCCUUUGGCAAGCUCUUGGCGCUCUCCUCUGCCGCUCUGAACCGCCGUGCUGUGGACUAUCACUUGCAACUGUCGAUCUUGCUGCAAGGUUCGCGAGGAGUCGGAAAGGCGACAGUCGCAAGCUGGGUAGCGCAGCGACUCGGCAUCCACCUCUUCGAAGUCGAUUGCUACGACGUGAUCGGUGAUACUGAUGCGAAGACCGAGGGGACACUCCAGGCUCGCUUCGAAAGAGCGUCAGACUGCUCGCCUUGCAUUCUGCUUCUGAGACAUAUCGAUGCUUUCGCCCAGAGCACACAGGGACAGGAGCCAGGAAAAGAACCUGCUAUUGCGGAGGCACUCCGCGAUUGCAUCGCAGGUCUACAGCCUUCGUGGAAUCUCACCGGUUUCCCCGUCAUACUCUUUGGCACGACCGACAGUCACGAGAGGGUGCCACCUAAAGUUUUGUCCUGUUUCAAGCACGAGGUGGUCUUCGAGGCACCAGGGGAAGCAGAGCGCUACAACAUCUUACUGUCGGCAUUGGCUGACAGCACGCUUGCGCCCGACGUCUCCGUCAAGGAUCUAGCCGUUCAAACCGCAGCGCUCGUCGCAGCAGACCUCGUCGAUCUCGUGGCCCGUGCCAAAUCGGCAGCGAUUGUGCGAUCCACCACCGAAGACAGCACUGCAUACGACGUCUUCUCGGCUGGGAUACCUCUCACAGCCGCCGAUUUCGACUUCGCGCUUGGCAAGGCGCGAGCGUCCUACUCGGAGAGCAUUGGCGCCCCUAAGAUACCCUCCGUGUCAUGGGACGACGUCGGCGGUCUCGCGCAUGUCAAGGCUGACAUCCUGGAUACGAUCCAGUUACCCCUUGACCACCCGGAGCUAUUCGCCGAUGGGCUGAAGCAGCGUUCAGGUGUCCUGCUCUAUGGUCCCCCUGGAACGGGAAAGACGUUGAUCGCCAAGGCUGUUGCAACAUCCUGUGCCCUCAACUUCUUCUCCGUGAAGGGUCCAGAACUCCUGAAUAUGUACAUCGGAGAGUCGGAAGCGAACGUCCGCAGGGUGUUCCAGCGUGCCCGUGAUGCGCGUCCUUGUGUGAUCUUCUUCGAUGAGCUUGAUUCCGUGGCUCCCAAGCGAGGCAACCACGGAGACUCGGGUGGUGUCAUGGAUCGUAUCGUGAGCCAGUUGCUAGCCGAGUUGGACGGUUUGUCGGGAGGGCAAGCCGGCGCAGACGUGUUCGUGAUAGGUGCUACGAAUCGACCAGAUCUGCUCGACCCUGCUCUGCUCCGACCGGGACGGUUCGAUCGCAUGUUGUAUCUCGGGGUCAGCAACACGCACGAAGCGCAACUCAACAUCCUGCAAGCACUGACACGCAAAUUUAAACUUCAUCCGGAUUUGAAGUUGGAGCGCAUAGCGGAACAGUGUCCCUUCCACUACACUGGCGCAGACUUCUACGCGCUUUGCGCAGAUGCGUUAUUGAAGGCGAUGUCGCGGAAGGCAGAGGAAUUAGAGGCUACAAUCGCGAAAAUAAAUGCGUCUCCGCCACCGGAUUCACCGCAUCCCUUCCCACUUACGCCGCAGUACUAUCUGGGCGAAUUGGCCACACCAGCAGAAACGGAGGUGCUAGUCUCCGAAGAUGACUUCAAUGCAGCGUUGCGCGAGCUUGUACCGAGCGUCAGCCAAGCGGAAAUGGACCACUAUGCACGGAUACAGCAGAGGUUUUCUAAUGAGGCGCUAAGUGAGAGGCAUCGUAGUUAGUGGAGACAACUUUACAGAAUUUGAUAGACAUCAGCUCCGUGAUAAUGCACGAUGUCAUCGGAAGGCAAAGAGGGAGACGAAACACAGAUGUAAGGGUCGCCAAAGGGUCAAGUUGGCUGCACUGCCACCAUGGUACGGGUCUAGACCAGUUCAGAUCCUCGCGUCGAUCCGCCACCCGGGCCGGCUGGCCAUGGACCACACUUGCCCGAUA